AUGGAGGAUUAUAAGUUUCUUUUUAAAGUAGUUUUAGUGGGCAACGCGGGUGUUGGUAAAACUUGUUUAGUGAGGAGAUUUACUCAGGGCCUGUUUCCACCAGGUCAAGGUGCUACUAUAGGCGUAGAUUUUAUGAUUAAAACUGUCGAAGUGGAUGGAGAGAAAGUUAAGCUUCAGAUAUGGGAUACAGCGGGACAGGAGAGGUUCAGAUCUAUAACACAGAGUUACUACCGAUCAGCCCACGCACUUAUAUUGGUAUAUGACAUAUCUUGCCAGCCCACAUUUGACUGUCUUCCAGAUUGGCUUCGAGAAAUAGAAGAGUAUGCCAACAAUAAGGUUCUCAGAAUAUUAGUUGGUAAUAAGACUGAUAGGGAAGAUAGGGAAAUACCUCGUCAUAUAGGCGAAGACUUUGCACAGAGACAUGGGAUGUAUUUUUUGGAAACAUCCGCCAAAGAAGCUGAAAAUGUUGAAAGAUUGUUUAUGGAAAUUGCUGUUGAAUUAAUGGAGCAAGCAAAAUGUAAGGAGCUACCCAAAUAUGACGGCAGUCUAGGUCCCAUUAAUGGUAAGACUUCCAGUGACAGUUCUUGUUGUCUCCGCUCAUGAAGAACUUAUCGCUUAUUACAUCACAGAGGGUUGGGUUUUAUGUAAACGCAAUUUUUUUUUAUUUUUAUACUUUUGAAUGUUGUGAUUUCAUUCCGUCUAUUUUUUAUUUUAUUUUUUGUUACAUUUAAUAAUAUUUUUUUUUACUAAGGUAUCAAAAGUAAUACAUUUUGUAAAAUUUUUUUUUUAAACAUUCCACAAAAGAAGAGAAUAAGGGUGAUCUUUUGUAUCACACUGAAACAUUUAAUUUAAUGUCACUAAGACAGAUGUACCCUAUUUAAAAAUUCCCUGCUUGUUACUGAUAACAAUUAUAUCUAUUUGCACUUAAUUUUCAUAGAAAUAGCUAUCCAUAGUAUUAACAAUAUAGAUACGUCUUAUAUAAAUUUAAAAAAAUAACAUGCUUAUCUAAAAUUAUUUUUGCACUGUUUAAAUGAAAACCUUAUAAUUUUUAUUACAAAGGUACAAUUUCGAAAGUUAAUAUACCAUUGAUUUGCCACAUAACGAUCUAACGAAACGUAUUUAUUUACAUAAAAUUGGAUGCAUAGUUAUCAGUUUUUCGUUGAUAUACCUAUGUCGAUACUGUCAUGUGCAAAGUUACGUUAUAAAUAGUAGGACACACUUCGUGUUUAGGUACACGACAUACAUCCUUGGUCGUGCAUAUAGCAGUCUCAGUACAAACGUUUUUCACAAUCACUGAUAUUGCAUAAUCGUAUAGCCGAAUAGAGAACAGUUAAUAUACCGCCGUGCUGACCGGAAUUAGGUUAACGCAAAACUACAACUUACAAGGCGCACUGUGUAUGCAAUAUAUGUAUGGAGAUCAUAAAUGAGACCUGUUAAAGUUAUCGAGUUCACAACGAAAGCGUUAAAAGUAAAAAAUGUGUUAAAUUAUAACCUUAUCCUUUACUUAUAAUUGUCAAUGAUAAAGUUGACAAUGCUAAAUAAUGAUAAAUUCAUUGAGAAAAGUUCAUAAGGGUAUUUAAUAAAAUAAACGGUUAGAGAAAAUAUUUGAUUUUUUUUUUACUAUAGUCUAUGAUUUAUGGUUAAAAAAUCGUAUAAAUAUAAAGUAAUCACGAUUUUGUUAGAAUUAAUACGCCGCUCUUGACUAAUAAAAUUAUUUAUUUAAUAAUUUAAAAAUAUAGUUUUGGGACAUAAUUUUUUUUAGAGGUAAUUAUUAUUUUUAAUUUGUUAAAUUAUACACGGAACAGGUUUUUUUUAUAUACAUUAUAAUAUGAAUUCAAGUUGCACAUUAACCAUGUAGCCUUUUGUUUGUGGCUGUGACUAAACAAGUUUUCAUGUGUGGACAGACCUUAAAAUGAUAUUUUUUUAUUGUAUAUAAACCACCUUACAUGUUAUGUAGGGAUUGGACGAUAAUAAUUGAAAGUAUGUAACAAAAAAAGAAUUUAUAUUCUACUAAAAAUAAUUCCAUUUUUAUAUUUCUUUACAUAUUUUAGUGUACAUUCAUAUAAAAAAAUAGAAGUAAAAGAAAACCUGAAAUUUUUUAAAAUCCAUUCCUAUUUCAAAUAUGUUUUAUUUUUAAUUUUAUUAUUAUAAAAGGUACGAGGUUGAUAUUUAUUAUGCUGUAUUUUUUUAAGAGUAUUAUUAUAUAAAACUUUAUGCAAUCGUCGGGUGUCUAUUAUUAUAAUGUAUUCAUAUUCUGUGCACUUUGCUGUUUGUUUAUGCAUUAUACAUUUUAAAUGGUUGUAAAUUUUGUUAAUUGUUAUGUUGUUUGAAUGUGCAAUGUUCUUGUUUUUUCUUAUUAAUAAAAUUGCUUUUAAACUAAAUGUUGCUUUAAAAUUUAACUCGUAAUUGUAACUGGGAUUUAAAUUAAUGCAAUUUAAUGUUAUAAACUAUCCUUGUGACUUGAAUAGAAUUUUAGGGUGACUACUCCUUCUUGAAAUACAAUUUUUCUUAAUAUCUCAUAAUAAUGCAAACAAUGUACAAUAUUUAGAUCUGAAUUUAUAUAGCUGUUUAAUCUCAACAUGUUGUAAAGUCACCAAAGAAAAUCUGAUAAUUGUAAUACUCGCAAUUAAAUUUAUCAGUUUUA